GAGCGCCCCCAAAGUAAUGCCAAGUGCUUACUAAUUGAAAAGCCAAUAGCAGCGGAGGAAGAAACGAAGACACGAGGAAUGGAGGGGGCACGGAGAGGGCUUCCUUCGCUAAUAAUCUCUUCUUUAUUUGCGCAAGAGCGAGACGAUGGGAAGGAGAGAAUAGCCUCCGGCAUCACCGAGAAUGAUAGAAGAUGCAGAGGAGAAGGGCCUGAUUACACCUGGCAUUACAACAUUAGUAGAACCUACUAGUGGAAAUCUUGGGAUUGGCUUAACAUACAUAGCUGUUCAAAAAGGUUACAAGUUCAUUGCAGUUAUGCCAGCUCAUUUAUCACUUGAUAAACGGAUUUUGUUGAGAUAUUUGGGUGCUGAAGUGUCACUGACUGAUCCUAAACUCGGGUUUCAGGGGUUGCUUGACAGGGUAAAGCAGCUGAAGGAGAACAUUCCAAAUGCACAUGUUCUUGACCAGUUCGCUAAUGCAGCUAAUCCAGAAGCACACUUCACAGGCACUGGUCCAGAAAUAUGGAAGGAUACAGCAGGCAAAGUGGACAUUUUUGUAUGUGGUUCCGGUUCAGGAGGCACUAUAACUGGUGUUGGGAAGUAUCUCAAGAUAAAAAAGCCGUCUGUCAAGAUCAUUUGUGUUGAACCUGCUGAAAGUGCAGUUAUCUCAGGUGGCAAUCCUGGAUCACACAAUAUCCAGGGGAUAGGUCCAGGUUUUAUUCCAAAAAACUUGGACACUGCAUACAUUGAUGAGGCCAUUGCUGUAUCGACAGCAGAAGCAAUGACCCAUGCUAGAAGGCUGGCAAAAGAAGAAGGCUUGCUUGUUGGCAUAUCUUCUGGAGCCAAUUUAGCAGCUUGCUUAAAGGUUGCAGGUAGACAGGAAAACAGAGGGAAGAUGAUUGUAACCAUGUUUCCAAGUGGUGGUGAAAGAUACAUUAGCACAGAACUCUUUGACAGUGUCAGAGAAGAAUGUAUUAACAUGACUUUCUAACCAGCAUUUUGCGCAGAUCUUGUAUCGGAUCACUAUAUUCUAUUCCAACAUCGUGUAUGUAGUGUAUGCGUUGUUUUGGCUUGGAGGUUUAAUAAGAGCGUCACUUUCAUCCUUCUAAUGGGUAGU